AUGUUUGGGAACGUAGUCGUUGGGGCUGCAUCCACUGCCAAGGUUGUCAAUGUUCAGGAUGUGCCAAAAGCAACGCCAAUUACCAUUCCGAGAUACCAACCUUUUGCGCAGCAUGAUGGGCUCGUCGACACGCGCAAUUCUCUGCCUUCACUCUUGAGUCACACUGGGCGCUCCGACGCUUCCAUACUUGGCGUCAAAGGCCUGUCUGCCCUUGGCACUAACCUCACUCUGGACGCUACCACAGAUCAGUUGAUUCCCGAUCCCUCCUUUAUCCCAGAUUUCAGCGGCUGGGAUCAGCUCUCGUCUGAAGAGGCACGAACGAGGCAUAAAUCCACACGGUGCCAGAUCAGGAAUGGUAACCUUUCACCAGGUUGCGAGACCUACCAAGAGCGAGUCAAGGAGCUUUCCCACGCCAACGAGGAAGCUUUCCGGACCGUUCGUCGCAUUCCCCCUCCCAAAGGCCAGCAACAUGCUCGUCUAGGUAACGCCUAUGAGUUCUUCAGAUGCCUUGAAAUGUUCACUAGCUUCUGGGACGAUACGUCAAAGUCCCCGGAGCUGCCUCCGUCUCCAGAGGCCACCGAGCCCGUACCAUCCGGAACAGCGGACAGCAGGACAGUUCGGACAGCCGAGGGGACUGCAAUGCCCACAGAUUACCGACAGAAACUGACUACGGCAUUUCUGAAAAUGGUGUGCUACGAUUUCGGGUGCAAUGUCUCGUACGCUCGCACGGAACCGCGAUUGCACGUGUGCACGCCCGAGGGCACCGUAUCACCUCGCAAAUCAUACCUGGUGUCAUCCUGCAGCUUCAUCUUCCAGUCGCCCACGACGCGUGAGGCGUCCCGGGCGGGCCUUGUCUACGGCCCGGUAGCUGCAGUGAGCGCUAGGGUGACGACCAACUUCACUACUCCCAACAUGGAGACAGCUCAAGCGCUAGACUUGUCCAAGGAAAUCUGCGCCGCUCUGAUCACAGCACAACAUCGUGCUCGGGAAGGGAAAGAAGAAGUCCGAUUCGGCGAAGGCCAGUGGUGGACGCAAAAGCCUCGCUGGGGAGGCGGUGCCGGCGGUCCCAUUGGCCGCGAAAUCGAGCGGGAAGCGAAAGAAGAUGCUGCCGGGCCCAGCGAUGCUGAUGGACCGCCUUUGGCCAAGAAUUAUCGCAAAAACAUGCCCAUGUACAACAGCUAUCGCAUGGUGCGCCCUCCAGCCAACACUUGGGACCAGAAGGCGCGCUACGAGGGGAUCGGCAAGGUGCCUGGGUCGACGUUCGAUGAUGUGUUCGUCGUCAGCUGCCUGUUCCACCACAUCUCCAUCCUCCGCGUCCGAGUACCCCUUAGGCUGCUGGAAGUGCUCGAGGGUGCCCCGGAGCAAGACCCUGCGGUCCGGAGCUGGGGCAAUGUUCAGGCUUGGAGAAGCCCGUGGUACGACAUGUUCGAGAUGGAGGGCCGUAUCGAGGCCAUGAAGGCAUUCUGGGCAGUCAUGGCUUACCAGAUGCGAGAAUGCGCCGUCGACCAGGAUGUUGCGAUGAAUGACGCUGAUAUUCCUCAGCCGCGCGAUGAUCGGUAA